AUGCCUGUCUCCCACUUGACUCUGACCGUCUCGCACCUGCCGACCUCCACGUCCUUCUUCCUGUCAUGUCUCCAGCCUCUGGGAUACCAAUUUAUUGGCCGUCAUGACGAUUAUAUCGGCUUUGGCCAGAAGCAGGGCGAGCCGGCCGAUUUCUGGGUGACUGAACAGAAGCCAGGAAUCUCCACCAGUGCCGUACAUGUCGCCUUCCCUGCUCCGACCAAAGAUGCCUCCGGAUACUUCAGCGCCGCCAUCAUCGACUUCGAUGGGAAUAGCAUUGAAGCAGUCUACCGUCCCGGUGCCUCGGUCGUCGCAUCAGAAGCCGGCGGUCCGACAAUAGCCCUGUUGGAGAAUGGAUCGGUUGUCUCGAAGAGCAGUAAAGCCACCACGGUAAAAAAGGCCGAGAGCAUUGCACCGUCUGCGGUAUCUGACGCCAAGUCUCGAGCCGUCUCCAGAGCGCCAACGGCCAUUGAGAAGGCUGCCCCAUCCGUUGUUUCCCACCGGUCCCAAGCCCAGUCGCAGACGAGGUCUAUACCACCGCCUUCAUAUACGGUGCAGGCGCAGACUGUUCAGAAGCCCGACGAUGGCAGCAAAGCAGCCAAGACUAUUGUUGGUACUUUGAUCGGUGCCGCGGCCGGUGCAGCCAUCGCGUACGCCAUGGUCAAGGGCGACUCGCAGUCUACUGAGUCCGAGACCAAGAGCCAGGCUCCUCCGCAAUACGCGCAAGAAUAUCCUCAGAUCAUGGCUCCCUCGCACUACUCCCAAUCCAACCAUGAAGACCAGCCCCAGCAAUACCGAGCCAUUGAAGCGCCUCCAGCCCGAAGUGUGUACACCUCGGCGUCCGGCCCCCGGUCCACAGCAAGCCGAACUGUCGCUUCUAAGAACCCGCGCGCCAGCACCAUCUACGAAGCCACCGAAUUCUACGACGACAGCGGCCGACGGACAUCAGAGGGCAGCAUCUACAGCAUCCCAGAAGACUUACCUCUUCGCGCAAUUGAAUACCCCCCGCAGGGUCAAAACAGCUCUCGCUUCCCCUGCAGCCCAAGCACCUUCAUCAGCAGCUACGCCGCAGACAAACCACGCUCAAAAUCCCUGGCCGGUCCAGGAAGCGUCCAUUCAUCAUCUACCAUCAAAGCCUCGCAAACGCAGAGCAUGCGCCGACACAGCCACGACGACAGAGAAAGCUACAUAUCCAGCCACAGCCACCAAUCGCACCUCUACCACUCUUCCCAAAGCCACCACUCCAACAAAUCCAGCGCCAGCAAGAAGAGCCAGCCUCCCGUCGCAGCAGGAAGCACCAUCUCCUCCAAAUCUGCCCGAAAUAUCCCCCUUCCUGCUGGCUCAACCGCAACUUACUACAGCGCCAGCCCGAGCCAACAACCGAAAUCACAUGUCUCAGCACGCGAAGUCCCCCUCCCGGAGAGCGUUAUCGAUCUCGACGUGAACUCGAACGUGACGCCCGAUGACUCGAUUAGCCAGAUUGGAUCGAGAUCAAGCCGAUCGCAUCAUUCGCACUCGCAUCGAUCCAGCCAUUCCAAGGUUGGCUCGAAGGCUUCGAAACACUCGUCCAAGUCGAAGUUUGAGAUCCCGAUUAUUCCUGCGGAUUCUGUGAGUCAGGUUUCGAGCCGGGCGUCGCAGCGGACUGCUAAGGCGGGUGGGAGUAAGGCUCCUUCACACACUGGGAGUCGGAGGGGAAGUCAGGUUGUUUAA